AUGCAUCCAGUUGUGUGGGCAGCAGUGCUUGCUUACUUGCUUGUGAUCUUCAACAGCAAGUUGCUGCUGAAAUGCAAAUUGGAGAUCAAGAAAAAGAUAGACAUGGAUUCUACAGACAAGAAGCUACAGAAAAGCUACUUCGACGUAUUGGGACUUUGUUGUUCGUCCGAAAUUCAACUGAUCGAAAACAUCGUUAAAUCGUUAGAUGGUGUCAAAGAUUUCACGGUGGUAGUUCCUACAAAGACAUUGAUUGUUGUUCACGACUCUCUCCUCGUUUCCCAGAUUCAAAUAGUUAAGGCACUGAAUCGAGCAAGAUUAGAGGCGAAUGUUCGAGUGUCUGGUGAGACAAACCAUAAGCACAAAUGGCCAAGCACAUAUACAAUUGCUAGUGGUGUAUUACUUUUGCUGUCGUUUUGUAAGUAUUUCUACAGCCCUCUUCGAUGGUUAGCUGUCGGAGCGAUUGUUGUCGGGAUCCCACAAAUUAUGCUCAAGGCGUUUGCAGCGAUUCGUAAUCUCACAUUUGAUAUCAACAUCCUUGUUCUUAUUACAGUUGCUGGAUCAAUUGCCCUGCAAGAUUACUGGGAGGCUGGAACUGUCGUUUUUCUGUUUACAGUAUCCCAAUGGCUCGAAUCGAGGGCUAGUUAUAAGGCCACUGCUGUUAUGUCGUCGUUAGUUAGUAUGGUACCGCAAAGAGCUGUCUUAGCUGAGACCGGUCAAGAAGUCAACGCGGAUGAAGUUCCUUUGAACACCGUUUUAGCUGUGAAGGCGGGCGAAACUAUUCCAAUUGACGGAGUUGUUGUGCAAGGCAACUGUGAAGUUGAUGAGAAAACUCUGACCGGAGAAUCCUUUCCCGUGUCCAAACAAAAGGACUCCCCUGUUUGGGCGGGAACGAUAAAUAUCAACGGAUACAUAAGCGUUAAAACGACCGCUGUGGCGGAAGAUUCAGUGGUGGCUAGAAUUGCAAGGAUUGUAGAAGAUGCUCAAAUCAAGAAAUCGAAAACUCAGAGAUUUAUGGACAGGUGUGCCAAGUACUACACACCAGCAAUAGUGGUGAUAUCGGCUUCGAUAGCCGUAGUCCCUCUGGUAUUCCAACUCGGAAACAAGAAAGAAUGGUUCCACUUGGCUCUUGUUGUCUUAGUGACAGCAUGUCCGUGCGCGCUUCUCCUUUCGACACCUGUCGCCAUGUUCUGUGCGCUAUCGAAAGCAGCAACUUUAGGUGUUCUGUUUAAAGGAGCAGAGCAUCUCGAAACUCUUUCUGGGAUAAAGAUCAUGGCCUUUGAUAAAACUGGAACCAUAACUAGGGGAGAAUUUCUCGUCGUUGAUUUCAAAUCUCUCCACAACGAUGUCAGCUUCAAUACGCUCCUACAUUGGAUUUCGAGCAUAGAGUGCAAAUCAAGCCAUCCAAUGGCAGCUGCACUAGUGGACUUUGCGAGAGCACGUGGAAUCGAGGCGAAACCCGACAUAGUUGAGGAAUUCGAGAAUUUCCCAGGUGAAGGGAUUUAUGGCAAAAUUGAAGAUAACGAGAUACACAUCGGAAACAAGAAGAUUGUUUCGAGAGCAGGGUGUAAUGCAGUUCCGACAUUAGAAGGUUACGAGACAGAUCAAGGAGUGUCGGUCGGUUACGUCUUCUUAGGGUCAUGUCCAGCUGGCAUUUUCUCUCUCUCCGACACAUGUCGAACCGGAGCAAAGGAAGCAAUUCAUGAACUGAACUCAUUAGGCAUCAAAACCGUCAUGCUGACCGGAGAUUCACACGGAGCCGCCAUGCGUGCACAAGACCAGUUAGGAGGAGGUUUAGAGGCAAUUCACUCAGAGCUUCUACCGGAGGGAAAAUCAAGAAUCAUCAAAGAGCUGCAGGCGGUGGGCCCCACAGCCAUGAUUGGAGACGGCAUAAACGAUGCUCCAGCACUAGCCACAGCGGAGAUAGGAAUCUCGAUGGGGGUAUCUGGAUCGGCGCUUGCAAUGGAAUCAGGCGAUGUUGUUCUAUUCUCGAACGACAUUCGGAAAAUACCGAAAGCUUAUCGUAUUGCGAAGAAAGUGAAGCGUAAGAUUAUCGAGAAUGUCGUAAUAUCGAUGGUGACAAAAGUUGGGGUGUUGGGGUUAGCCGUGGCCGGUCAUCCACUUGUUUGGGUUGCUGUGUUGACCGAUGUCGGGACAUGCUUGCUGGUCAUCUUCAACAGCAUGAUGUUGCUUAAGGAGGAAGAAACGACUCCUGUACGAGAAAAAGUACGAGGAGGUAACAAUAAGGACAUCGUUAAUAGUAAGCCUAGUACUGCAGUAACUACUACUGUUCCAACAAAUGUGGAAAAGAAGAGCUGCGCUCGUAAGUGCUGUGGUGCUGAGUCGAAGCAGAAGCCUGAGAUUGAAGAGCCUUUGCUAGUUACAUGCGAAUAAUGCCGGUUUCUGGCGAAAACAUUAAUUAAAUCGUUUUUCUUUGUUGUUGUUGUUGCUGCUGCUGCUGCUGCUGCUGUCGAAUUUCACAACGUACGGGCUCUCUUAUAAUCGAUCAUUAAUUCUCUAUGUUGUAUGUAUCAUAUAAUAAAAUUGGUGGUUAUAAAAUUGAUGUGUCUAAAGAAAGAUCACUCAAAAAUAACAAUAAAGGGAAAAUAUUGUUACUUUAGACCAAAAAUACGAGGGAAAAAAUGAA